AUCAUUCCCGCGCUGCCUAUAUUGGCUCAAGUGGUCGAGGACGGUAUUCAUUGUGAUGGUGGCGAUUUUUGGACGUCUGAAGUCGAUGAAAUACUCUGGAUGAUCAAUCAUAAACGCAUGUUAUUAGCGAGUGGGCUGCAAUUGAAUGGUGAUCCGUCAAAUGGCUAUGGUCUACAAAGGCAACUUCCUCCAGCAGAAAACAUGAGGAAUAUGACGUAUGAUUGCAACCUCGAGCAGGAAGCUAGAAGUUUGGUCGCCAAGAUGUGCCCAAACAAAGGAAUGGAUUUGGAAGAACCUGACAAAGGUUACUUGUUCGUGGAACCACUCCGGUAUCCGGUGUCCCGUGCAUUAUGGGAUAAGCUAGGCUCAAUCGACAUAGUUGGCUUCUCCUCCUUCUCCUUCGACAUGGACCAAGUAGUAAAGUUUACAGACCAUAACAGGAACAAUUUAACAACUUAUGCCAAUCUAAUGCGUGCUGACGCCUCCAAGAUAGGUUGCAUUUUAUAUUGGUCGUCGUGUACUAUAACACAGACAAUUGGAGACGUCUACCCUAUUCUGCGUCACUGA